AAACUGCGAAUAAUUUUAAGUUACUUACAAGACAGUGAUACAUAGUUUAUACGUUUUCUCUAGAUAUACGUUACAAAAUAUCUUAUCAAUUCAUAUAGUGUUUGUUGAAAAAUAUUGAUAAAGUGAUAAUUAUUGUAGACUAAAGAUAAAAGUUGCCAAGUUAAAUAGUUCUGUGAUACAUUAUUAAAUAUGCCUAACUUUAAAGAUAAAUCGCCGGAUAUUCCAUUGCUUGGAAAUUUGAAAGAAAGUUCAUUGUUUCUGAGGCGUCAACCGAAAACUGAUAUUCAAGUGGAGGAAGAUACUUAUAAAAAAUUUGACCAAUAUGAUAACGUUUCACUUAACGACAAAAAUAGCAUGCCUGUUUAUGCAAGGGUACGAAAAGAAAAUUGGAUAAACAGUAUGUCCCGAGACAAUAUGGUUUGUUCCCGUUGCGGUGACGGGUUUGAUCCACAGGAAAAAAUUGUAAAUUCAACUGGGCAGCUGUGGCACCAACAUUGUUUUGUUUGUGCCCAGUGUUUCAAAGAAUUUCCCGACGGUAUUUUCUACGAGUACGAAGGACGAAAGUAUUGCGAAUACGACUUCCGCGUGCUGUUUGCGCCGUGCUGUCAAAAAUGCAACUCCUUCAUCAUUGGGCGUGUGAUUAAGGCGAUGAACGCGAGCUGGCAUCCCAAUUGUUUCCUGUGUGAAAUGUGCGGUACUGAAUUGGCCGAAACUGGGUUCAUCAAGAACGGCGGGAGAGCGCUGUGCCAUGAAUGCAAUGCCAAGGUGAAGGCCCGGGGAUUGGGCAAAUAUGUAUGCCAUAAGUGCCAUUCGAUGAUCGACGAUGAACCAUUGAAGUUCCGUGGUGAAGUGUACCAUCCUUAUCACUUCAACUGUACUGCCUGCGGCGUGGAAUUGGAUAGUAACGCCAGGGAGGUGAAGAGUAGGUCAGGUUUCGCUAAAAACGAUCUUAACGAGCUUUAUUGCCUUCGUUGUCACGACAAAAUGGGAAUUCCGAUCUGCGGAGCUUGUAGACGUCCUAUUGAAGAGCGUGUGGUUACCGCCUUGGGUAAACAUUGGCAUGUGGAACACUUCGUGUGCGCCAAAUGUGAAAAACCCUUUUUUGGACAUCGUCACUACGAGAAGAAGGGAUUGGCUUACUGCGAAACUCAUUAUCAUCAGUUGUUUGGAAAUUUGUGCUUUGUUUGCAAUCAAGUUAUUGCUGGAGACGUUUUUACUGCAUUGAACAAGGCAUGGUGCGUCCAUCAUUUCGCAUGUUCAGUGUGUGACCAGAAGAUGAACCAGAAAACCAAAUUUUAUGAGUGCGAUUUGAAGCCAGUUUGUAAAAAAUGCUACGAAAAGUUCCCCAGUGAAUUGAGAAGGCGAUUAAGAAGACAACAUGAUGCUACUCCAAAGAAAGCUAGCACACCUGUUUAAAUUGUUGACGUUUUGAAUAGUUGAUAUUAUUCCACUUCACUGUUUUGAGAGGAGCAUGUGUCAACAAGGAGAAUGUGUUGUAUAAAUAAGAUGGGAUUAAUAGAAUCUACAUAAUAGUGCCUAAAUUGAUGCCUUUAAUAAAAUAUAUCCAGUG